AUGGUCGACACCCGCAGUACUCCAACUCUCCAACUCUUCUCGCUGAGAUACUCGUACACCUUGUCUCCAGCACAGUUGCGGAAGAGUAAAAGCUCUGCUGCUGGCGGCACGCCAAAUGCGACGCUGAAUAUCCAACACACCCGCAAAAUCUUUUCACCUGCCAACCUCCUUCACCCUCGAGCUUCUUGGGCGACGCAAACGUGUGCAUCGGAUUUGAGCCCAGAGAAAGCCAGGGACGGAUCGAGGACUGCCCGCGAUGGAGUUUGCCUUGUCCCGCAGCCGAGCGCUUCUCCCGAUGAUCCAUUGAAUUGGUCUCUCACGAAGAAGAAUGUCAUCUUCGGUACAGUGUGCCUGGCAUCCUUUGCCGGCGUCGCUUCUGUCAAUGUCCACCAACUUGCCUAUAUCAGACAGGCAAGCUACUAUCAUAAAUCUCCAGUGGAGCUGUCCUAUUCCAUCGCUGCCGGUGUCGCAGGCCAGAUGGGUGGGCCCCUUCUGUUUGUACCGCUCUCGUCCAUCAUCGGUCGAUCUUCACUCAUCUUUUGGUCUUUGUUCGGUUCGCUGGCAUCCAAUAUCUGGGCCCCGUUGAUGACUGGUCCUAAUGACUAUAUUCCUUUCGUCAUGUCACGAAUGCUGGCCGGACUUUUCGGAAGUGUUCCUCCAAUCUUGGCAACCGGUUUGAUCAUGGACCUCUACUUUCUCCAUCAAAGGGGCAAAGCAUUUACCGUGCUCGAGGUUUCUCUUCUUGCUGGGGCGGUGGCUGCGCCUGUCUUCGGUGGCUUUAUCGCCGAUACCAAGCCUUGGCCCAAUGUUUUUUGGUGGCUAGUCGCAGUCAUUGCGGUCUCGAUCCCUCUAGGUAUGGCAACCAGACUGUCAAAAUUCACGUGCUUACUCGUCUUUGCAGCAUUCUUCUUCUUGGAAGAGACGGCUUUCCGAAGGAAUGAAGAGUCUGAGCCUCUUCCUCAGCGCCCGAGUUCGUUCAUGUCGAACAGGAUCGCGACGUUCUUUCCCGGGACUGCUGUUGUACCCCGGACGACAGUCGCCCAUAUAGCCAACCGCUACAUUACGCCGCUCAAGAUUGGCUUGUCGCCAGUCACCAUGAUCGUCGGUUUCUUCGUUGUUUGCAUCUACGGAUUCGCUGUAGGGUUAGGAAUAGUGGUCUCAAUCUUUCUGCAAACGCCAGAAAUGGUGGGAGGCUAUGGCUUCACGCCCAAUCAGAACGCCGAAUUCAACUUUUCCCAGUGGGCCGGCCUCGUUCUAUGUCAGAUUUGCGGCGCUUUCCUCAAUGACAGGAUCCCGCUAUCGAUAUCUCGUCGUAGGGGCGGUGCCUGGCAUCUCGAGUACCGCCUUUAUCCGAUCUUCCUAGUCGCAGCCGCUUCUCCCAUAGGUUUUGGAAUAUUCGGAGCCGGUAUUGAGUAUCAUCUUCACUACAUGGUCCUGGCUCUCGGCACAUUUCUCGUCAUCUUCGGCGCAUGUUACAGUACUCCCAUAUCUGUGAACUAUAUCAUCGAGUGUUUCAAGAACUCGCCGCUCGAGGUCGCCGUCAUUAUGAAUGUUUAUCGACAAAUUUUGGCCCUUGCUUUACCAUUCUUCCUGUUCCCUUGGGAGGGUGCCGUGAGUGCUGGCUGGCUUUUUGGGAUGAUGGCGUUCUUCUGCGUCUUCGCCACGAUGCUCUUGGGUGUGGUGGUUUGGAAGGGGCCAGCUCUACGACGUUGGAACUUGGAGAAAGAUGCUACGGAGGAUGGAAUCAAGAUCAUCAGCUCAGACCGGUCGUCGGAUACGUCGCUUAACAAUUAA